GAAAAACAAUUUCCCGUCAAAGUCGGUGGAAAAAAACCGAAAAAUUUCGGUGUGUUUCUGGGUUUUUUUUGCCGGAGUGAGCAAAGCCUUUUUAUGGAGUGUGCCAGACGGAGAGAAGUUUUCGUUUUAUGCAAUCAGACUGUUUGGCAAGGUAUUUAGAGCGAGCCUUUCCUUUUUCUGAGCGAUAAGUUGAGUUCAUGUGUUUGAGAAGUUUUAGGGAUGCAAACACACAACAUCGUCUGGGGAAUAUUCGUGAUUUCAGAAUUUAAACGUCGCACUACGUCUCCGAUAUCUCUACGAUUUGUUACCCCAUCAUGAGCAGGAACCAACCAUUAAGUACAUUAGGCCCGUCAAACUACAGCCCCCCCCCCCUCCAUUUAUUUCGCUGAAGUAGUCUACAUCGCAAACUUAAAUUCGUUCUGUCUGCAUAAGGGCAGUACAUACAAAUUCAAAACAUCCUCCUUCCAAUCAACCAACCGUAGCAGAAGAAAAACUUUUUUUUUUCGUCUUGUUUCGAAGACAAAGCAAACAAAAAUGGGUGCCUGUGGUGGCAAAGAAGCAAAGCCCGCGGCUGAUUCCGCCCCGGCGGCUGAGGCCCCGAAGGCUGAGACCGCUACCCCGCCUCAGAUGGAGGCUGGCAAGGUAUAGUAGAGAUGGAUCUUUUUGUGUGUUUUGCAUGACAAAGUAGAUUGAACUUGUUAUGUUUUGUGAAUGCAGGAUUGCGCAUGAGAAAUUGCGAUAGAAAUCGCUGUCUUGCAUCACAAAUACAAACUUUUCAAAACAUCAUCAGGUCACCGACGCUCACUCCGCCCUGCUCGUGAAGGCCUUCGUCAACAUGGCUGACGUAUGGGACUGAGGAACCUUUACGAGUAGUUUCCAUUGCUAUUCCAGCCUGACCAGGUGCUGACAUGAUUCCUUUUCAGCAUGACAAAUUGAGCUCCUGCGCAGACGUGGUGUUAAUGCUGUCUAUGAGUGACAGGAAUCUGUGAUGGUGAGAGUACCAAGACAGGGUACAACUUUGUAUCAAAAAACUGCAUGAGAAACUACUAUAAUCCACUUUUCCAUUUCAUAAAUCGCCGAAGUGUUGAAGUCCUGCUGCACCGAGGACGCCUGGAUGUCGCCACCCGGCGCACCGAAAGUAUAAAUGGUUGGUAUGUACAACGACGCAUGACAGAUGGUUGUCUUUCGAAUGUGUGCAUGACAGAUUUAGAUUUCGAAAUAGCGUAAUGCUGUUCUCGCAUGAUGAAUUGAAACUUAAAUCACAUACACAAACUCCAGUUCUCGAUCGAGGAAAUGUCCGGCAUGCUCGCUGGUUACAAGGGCACCUUCCCGGACUGGGUCUCCCUCUGCCCCGCUGACAAGAUCACCUUCGUGUCCGAGACCGACAUACGACAAGGAAGAAAAGUGUUAUCACCAUCAUUAUUCGUGUGCUGAGCAUGAGGAGUUUAGCUUUUGAUUGAAAUUACGCAUCACAAGCUGCUGGUAGAUGUGCUUCUAACUUGAGCGCGGCGUUGAGAACAAACUUGUGUUGCGCAAAUCCACAACACAAAUACUAAACCAAGAUCCGUCUUGCGAGUUAUGCAUGACAAACUGAUGGUGACAGCACAAGCAUUUUUCGUUUUCAUAACACACCGAGGUCGUCUACAAGGUGUUCACCCAGCAGAACAUUGGCCUGAUGAAGGCGGAUCUCCCGGCCAUGGGUAUUUAUUUGUCAUGCUUGACUGCAUUGAUUCAAGAUAAAAUUGUUCUCAGUCUUGCAUGAGAAAUGCUAAAAGCAGGUUGGUAAGUCUGUAAUGCGGAUUUUUGCAUGGCAGAGCCAGUGUAGUUCCUAGUGUAAGUAUACACACCCCAAACUCUACAGGUCCGUUUCCCGCCUGCACCAUGGAUGAGGCCCCGGCCCGCCCGAAGGAGACCCCGACCGUCAUUAUGGCGUUCUCAACCGUUACAUGCUCAACUCUUACACGAUUUGUCAUGCAAAACUCUCACCAGCAUCUACACCAUCAAGCUGCUUCGCAUGACAAAUUUCCGAAGGGCUAAACAGCAUGUAAAUCUGUGCCAAACCUGUAUUGCAAGACGCGCAAUCUUCCCCCUUCCACUCUUGCUAUUUUUGCAUCACAAAGUCAUGUAACAGUUGAGCAUGUGACGUUUGAGACCUCCAUAGUCCUGCCGUUCGAAUCUGGUCUCGUCACCGUCAACAAGGAGAAGGGCCUGAUCGUGUCCGGCGCGUUAUGAAAAGGAGAAUGCAAACUUUUCGUUUUGGUCGGAAACGGAAUGCAUUGCUGCAUGACAAAAUCGACUUAGAAUCUUGCCUUUGCAUGAGAAGUAAUCGGAAUCUGCUGUCGAGCCCAGAUUUUGCGUUGCGUGAACUACAAUAAAUCUCAGUCAUUUUUGUGUAUGUUCAAAACGAAAAUGCAUUACAAAUUCUCUCGUUCGAUACUUCUGGACCGGCGAGCUCGGAGAGGAGGCCGGCGCCACCACGAUGGACUUCGAGCCCAAGGUCGGCAUGGUCAUGCUGUACGAGAAACUGCUCGGCUUGAAGAUGCCCGAGCCGCCAGCGGCUGAGGAGGCCAAGGCCGAGUAAACUACGAACUGCGCAUGAUGAACGUGAAAUUUCUUCACUAGAACCAAGCAUUCCGUUAGAAGGAGAGCGGGCUGUUAGAUUAGUGUAAGAUUCGCAACACAUUCAAGCAGUAGUUUACGCUUGUGAACAACGAUGUCAGGUUUAGUACGGUCAACUACGAGAUAUUAACUUUUUUACGAUAAGAAUCAGACAAUAGGAAUCGGAAUAAUCAGACAAUGUUUCAGGAGAAUAACAUCAGACACAACAUUUGUAAGUACUAGGAUGAACACGGAGAAAACUUGGAAGCAGAGAUAGUCCCUUAUCGCUGAAUCCAGGUGGAUCCAAUACUUACACACAAGGUUUUACACGAAAUUUGUACAUCAGAUUUAUUUAACAACCUUCUACGCUAAAACUUUCUACCCAACAAUUGCAAAAUCUCUACCUAAUCAAACUACAUUAAGUUUCAACAGAAUCUUCAAAACAGUAUUCCCUGUUCAGUUCUAUCUUUUCAUCAAAAUGCACCUUUUCCAAUUUGCACAAACGCGUUUGAGCGAGACAAAUCAUAGUUUACAAUAGCCUUGUCUACUAAGUUUGUUCAUAUUUUCCAUAUGCGAACCUCUUUUGGUUUGUAAGAAACUGCUGCUAUCUCAAUCUCUUCGCGGUGUCGGUCUCAACAUUCCGGUAGUCUUUAGAAAUUCAGAUUCACAGUUUCCGUGGUCUCACGCAUGAUAUAGCACUGUCGCUAUUAAGAUAAGCCAGAUAUUGAUAUUAAGGUGGUGCCACGAGGAGGAUAAAAAGUCAUUCCGAGCACUAGCAGAAAAAACCCAAAGCAGCUGCAAAGACGUGAAUGAUUUGUGCCAUCGUCUGGAUAUGUGCAUAAGAAUGUCAAAAAAGCAUGGGAGAUGCUACUCGGCUGAGAUUAUCAAUCUCCCGCAUCUUGUGCUGUGAGAUCUACCGUUGAAGUGCAUCGUCUUCGG